ACUGAUCUUAUUAGUAUAUUUUAUAAAAAAGAGAGGGAAACGACACCACCUCUAAAGCACGAUUUCAACAACCGCAGUUAUAAAAGCCAGAAGAUGUUAAUAUUGACAACAGUUUGUCGAUGAAAGCUAGGUCAUAAGACAAGUGUGUUGUGGCAGUGGCGAAAGUUCAGACACGUGCUUGCUAGUGACAUACUUACUCCAUAAGAACUCUUAAAAGACUGCAUUAGUGAUAACUGUUUUGUGAUAUUAGAUUAUAAGUGCAAGAUGCCGUCCGCAAUUGAGGAUCAAAUGCAAGAAAUUAACGACAAACUGGGCGUUCUUCCCAUUUCGACAAGUAAAAUACUGGAACCGCGAGAUAGCAUCUCUUCAAUCGAUAGUGACGUUUCUUUAUCGUUCGACGAAAAACCGAAAGAAAGUACCACGGAAAAUGAAGAUGAAGGUGCGCACAUGGCUGACUUAUCUGACAGCGCGUCCGACACCGGUUCUCGAGAUGGUGGAGGUAAAGAUUCCGGUUGCGAGGUUACGCCUGAGGUAACGGAACCGCCGUUUACACCACCCUCCGAUGAGCUUUCGGAAAAAAUAGUGGCCCAAGUAGAGUUUUACUUUAGCGAUCCAAAUAUCACCAAGGAUGCAUUUUUACUUAAGCACGUCAAACGCAACAAAGAAGGAUAUGUCUCCUUAAAACUCAUAUCUAGCUUUAAAAGGGUGAAACACUUGACCAAGGAUUGGAGGGUAGUCGCGCAUGCUUUGGCACGAUCGACUAAGCUCGAGAUUAAUGAAGCCGGUACAAAGCUGAGGCGCAAAGAACCGCUACCACAGUACGACGAAACCACCCCCUCACGUACUAUUGUGGCUGUUCAUAUGCCGAUUGAGAAAGUGACGAUUGAGAACGUAGCUGAACUGUUUCGGACAUGCGGUGAAAUCGCCUUGGUCCGAAUUUUAAGACCUGGAAAUCCAAUACCGGCCGACGUUAGACAGUUUAUCAACAAAAACCCUUCGCUAAACGGCCUUGUUUGUGCACUCGUGGAGUUUGUCAUAUCCGAAUCUGCUCGAAACGCCAUCAAGUUGCAGGAAUUGUACGGAGAAAACAUGAAAGUAUACGAACUAAACGGCGUUCCUCACAUGGAGCGUAAGAAGAAAAACAACCACAAGACCAACAAACCUCGAAUCGCCCACGAUUUGCCUGAAUACUCGACUAACUCAUCCUGUCCAAGUAGCUCGGAAGCAGAAGAUUUGCGCUUAAAAUUCGACCCUCGAAGAAUACGAAGAGGAUCGUCGAUUAAUUUCCCCUCAAAAUGUACGGAACCGGCCGCUUGGUUGCAAAGAAGACUGUCGGCAUCGAGUACAGAGGCGCACUUCAUGUUCAUCCCACGACGCAUGUCGAACAGCAGCCGCGAUUCCAGCGACUCAAAUUUGUUUUUGCCGCGCAAAUACAGCACCUGCAGCAGUAUCAGCAUGGACGGCUCCAGUUUUAUUACUCGAAGAAUGUCCUCCUGUAGCCAAUCGUCCGAAAAUGGGUGUGCAAGAUCUAGAAGUAACAGCGCGGCGUUUCCCGAAAACAUCGUUCGAAUGCCACAGGGACCCGACGGCUCCAAAGGAUUCAGGCAACGAUUUCAAUUAAGUAACUGAAACACAGGGUGCUCUCGUCAAUUAAUCUAAUUGCAUUAACACAUUGAUGGGAUACUCGAUUUAUUGAAUGAAUCGAGUAACCGUUAAAACCGGAUUAUUUCAAUUAAAUAGACACCGUGACCUCCUUCAUCUGAAUUUGUUAGUCACGUUUCGUUUACUACUUUCACCUAAAUACACUUGUAAUUCUUUUCCAUAUAACAAAAAAUAUUUUUCGUAAAGUUUCACUUCAAAUUAGACGCACUUCUAACAUCUAAUUAAUUUAUCUCGCUUUUCCUACUUAUUUAUUUAUUAGUUUUGCAAAUGUGCAAAAUUUGUUAAUUGU